CUUCUAUCCAAACACCAAAAACCAAUUCAACAAACAUAACAAAACAUGGAGUUCCUCACCAUCAUUCUUUCUUCCUUCCUUCUUCUUUGCACUCUUUUUCUCUUCACCUCCGCCAUCCACCGCGGCCGAAAAACCCUCCCCCUUCCUCCCGGCACCCUCGGCUGGCCGUAUAUCGGUGAAACGUUCCAACUUUACUCUCAAAACCCAAAUGUCUUCUUUGCCGCCAAAGUCAAAAAGUAUGGUUCGAUCUUUAAAACACAUGUAUUGGGUUGCCGGUGUGUUAUGAUAUCGAGCCCGGCUGCGGCUAAGGUUGUGCUUGUAACAAAAGCUCAUUUAUUUAAGCCCACAUUUCCUGCUAGCAAAGAAAGAAUGUUGGGAAAACAGGCAAUUUUCUUCCACCAGGGUGAUUACCAUCUCAAAUUACGACGGCUUGUUCUCCACGCAUUCACCCCAGAAUCCGUUAAAGGUAUUGUACCGGAUAUCGAAUCUAUUGCUGUCGAUUCUCUUCGGUCGUGGGAAAACCGUCUCAUCAACACUUUUCAAGAGAUGAAAACUUUUACAUUCAAUGUGGCAUUGCUUUCCAUAUUUGGAAAGGAUGAGGUGCUCUACCGAGAAGAUCUCAAGAGGUGUUACUACAUUCUCGAAAAAGGUUACAAUUCGAUGCCAAUUAACCUCCCUGGAACGCUUUUCCACAAAUCGAUGAAGGCGAGGAAAGAGUUAGCUCAGAUCCUGGCCAAGAUUCUUGCUCUACGAAGAGAAACCGCUAAAGAACACAACGAUUUGUUGGGUUCGUUCAUGGAAGAGAAAGAAGGACUCACCGACGAACAAAUCGCCGACAACAUCAUCGGUGUCAUAUUCGCUGCCCGCGACACAACCGCGAGUGUCAUGACAUGGAUCAUCAAAUAUUUGGCUGAAAAUCCAACCGUUUUACAAGCUGUCACCGAAGAGCAAGAGGGGAUAAUGAAAGAGAAAGAUGACAAGGGUUUGACUUGGGUAGAUACAAGGAAGAUGCCUAUAACUUCAAGAGUCAUCCAAGAAACAUUAAGAGUUGCUUCAAUCUUAUCUUUUACAUUUAGAGAGGCUGUUGAAGAUGUUGAAUUUGAAGGGUAUUUAAUUCCCAAAGGCUGGAAGGUAUUGCCACUCUUUAGAAACAUUCACCAUAGUCCGGAAAAUUUUACUGACCCGGAAAAGUUCGACCCGUCAAGAUUUGAGGUGGCACCAAAGCCCAAUACAUUUAUGCCAUUUGGAAAUGGGGUCCACUCAUGUCCAGGGAAUGAGCUAGCAAAGCUGGAGAUAUUAGUACUCAUGCAUCACAUGACCACAAAGUACAGAUGGUCAAUGAUAGGCCCUCAGAAUGAAAUUCAUUAUGCGCCAUUUGCGCUUCCUCAAAAUGGUUUGCCGAUAAGACUUUAUCCCAAAAAUUAGUUAUAAGAAAGGCCGACGUACAAUUUCUAAAGCUCAAAGGGUGUACAAGGUUGAGUUCUUGAGACAGAUUCAAUAUUCGUGAUCUCAAGACAAAAUGUUUGAACGUAUCUGAACCAGGAGUUGAUCGGGUUUUGGAAAGAAGAUAAACUAGAGACUAUUUUAAAUAUUUAAUGAUUUUUGACACGUUUGUUAAAGAAGUGGAUAAAAGAAUCAUCAUGCGAGUGAAGAAAGUAUUGCUGAGGAAGACUCGAUACGACACGCAAUUGUAAAUAGAUCGAGCUUCCAUAAUUGAAGAAGAUAGAGAAAAAAGAUUUGUGAUGAUUUUGUAUUAAUUAGAAAGUAGGAGGAUUAUAUAUAGGUCAUAAUGUAUUUAGGCAAAAACUACAAUUUUAGGAGUUGUUAUUGACUUUCUUUUAUAAAGUCCGCAAGGCAAUAAUAAUAUUAUUCGAUUGAUUACCUCUUCA